AUGGGUAUAAGAAAACGGCCUGUGAUUUCGGAUUUAGUUAAUCGUGAAGACCUCUGGGUAUUCGGUUAUGGUUCCUUAAUUUGGAACCCCGGCUUUAAAUAUUGUGAAAAUCGAAUUGGGUACAUCGAUGGCUUUUCAAGGAAGUUAUACCAGGGCAAUGUUACACAUAGAGGAAGACCAGGAUUGCCUGGAAGAGUUGCAACCUUAUUAGAAGACCAAGAUAGUAGAGUGUGGGGCCGUUCUUUUCAUGUAGUGGGUUUGAACGAGGUUCGACUGUGCUUGGAACAUUUGGGUUUGAGAGAAUGUAUUCUGGGCGGUUACGACAUUGAGUUUGUUGAGUUUCACACAAGUUCAAGAACUUUACUGAAUGAAAAAAAAUCUCAAUCCAGCAAACCCUUAGAAGCUUUAGUCUUCAUAGCCCUACCUAGCAACCACCUCUACCUCGGCCCUGGAACGUGCGAUGAAAUGGCAAGGUGCAUCUUCCAGAACGAAGGGGCCAGCGGCUGUAACUUGGAUUAUUUCUUGGGGAUUUUGGAAUUCUUACAGGAAAGUGUCCCG